AUGUCGCGAGGCCUGCCUAACACCAGGAAACCCUACGUCCGUCUCCUGAGGGCGGACACAAAAGUGGAGACAAACCAAGAGAAAAGGGUAUUCAAAAAACUCUUCCCGAAGUCGAACCUCUUUGAGAAGUGGGGAGAUCAUUUAUCAGAAGUGGAGCAAAAGAAAGCAGAAUGGCUCUAUAAAAGAUAUGGCUAUAAUGUGUAUCUGAGUGACAAGAUGCCACUGGACAGAAAACUCCCUGAGACCAGGGAUCCCAGUUGUUUAGGGAAGAAAUAUCCCAGGGACCUUCCUACCCUGAGCGUGGUGUUGAUUUACUUGGAUGAAGCCCUGUCCAUAAUAAAGAGAGCCAUCCGGAGCAUCAUAGACAGAACACCAGCUCAUCUGCUGAAGGAGAUCGUGCUUGUGGAUGACUACAGCUCAAGUGAGGACCUGAAAGGAAAGCUUGAUGAUUACAUUGAUCUGAUCCAUGAGAAGCACCCAGGGUUAGUGAAGAGGGUGAGACACAGUGAACAGAGGGGCCUGACACAGUCCCGGAUUUCUGGAUGGGAAGCUGCUACAGGUGAAGUAGUGGCCAUUCUGGAUGCCCACAUAGAGGUCCAUGCAGAAUGGGCUGAGCCGCUGCUUGCAAGAAUAAAGGAGAAUCGCACUGUGGUGGUGUCCCCUGUGUUUGACAGAGUGAAUUUUGACAAUUUAGAAGUUGUUAAAUAUACCCCAGCUGCACACGCCUUUGACUGGGCUCUGUGGUGCAUGUAUGAGUCUUUCCAGCCCGAUUGGUACAGACUGAAGGAUCCAUCAAGGCCUGGAAAAAGCCCAUCUCUUAUGGGAAUUCUUGUUGCAGACAGAAAAUUCCUUGGCGAAAUUGGGAGUUUGGAUGGAGGAAUGAAAAUCUAUGGUGGUGAAAACGUGGAGCUGGGGGUUAGAAUUUGGCUGUGUGGGGGCAGUAUUGAGAUUGUGCCGUGUUCCAAGAUAGCUCACAUUGAGAGAGCACACAAACCCUAUCUGCCUGACCUCAGCAUCACCAUGAAGAGGAACGCACUGCGAGUGGCCGAAGUGUGGAUGGAUGAGUACAAAAAAAACAUUAAUAUUGCUUGGAAUCUACCAAUAAAGGACCAUGGAAUUGACAUUGGGGAUGUCUCAGAAAGAAAGAAGCUCAGAGAGAAACUGAAAUGUAAGCCUUUCAAGUGGUAUAUAGACAACGUGUACCCUCAGCUGGAUCCAUGGGAAGACCUUGUUGCUUAUGGAGCUCUGAAGAACACUGUGAAAGAGAAUGUCUGUAUCGAUCAAGGACCUGUUCCUGGAAAUGUACCCAUAGCAUUUGGAUGCUACUACUAUGGUCCACAGAAUACAUACUACCGAAAAAGUGGAGAGCUCUAUAUUGGAGGUAUCAAGUCUCACAAAUACAACAACAACAGAUGUCUGGCUGACCCAGGUACAGGCAGUACCCCAGGCCUGUAUGAGUGCUCUGUGGCAAAACAAAAAGGCUAUAGCAUCUACUGGGACUUUGAACAGGGAAAGGCCAUGAUUAACAGAAAAACACACAGGUGUCUGGAAGUUGAGCAGGGAACCCUGGUGAUUCAGAACUGCACAGGACAGGGCUGGAAAAUUCAACAUAAUGUCACUGACUUCUAG